UAAAAUUUCCUCAAACUUUGUGUGAACAAUGAGCAGAGCACAGUUGAGUGUUUUAAUUCUUUGUACCAUAUUGUCACAAGGAAUUAUUUCUUUAUCAUACGAUGAAGAGGAAAUGAAAUCUUCGAGUCUUAUAAUACGCAAAAAACGUCUAAUUGAUACUAGGCCUAAAGGAAAUAAGCCAGCAAAAAUUGAAAAAGUUCCAUACAUUGUCAAUCUUCAAAGGGAUGGUGCUAAUCAAUGUGGAGCCACUAUUUUGUCGGAAAAAAUUGCCUUAACAGCAGCUCACUGUUUGCGCAGAAAGAAUGCUACAUACACUAUUAUUUCUGGUGCUUCCAAUAUAGAAAAAGGAACACAUCACAAAGUUGUGAAAAGAAUAGUAAAUCCGGAUUUUCAUGCACCAAAAUUUCCAAAUGAUCUGGCUCUGCUUUUCGUUGAACCACCUUUUGAUUUGGUACAUUCACCCAAUCGGAACAUUUCAUUGCACAGAGGAAAAUUAGUGCCAGGCACUAAAGGUGUUUUCAGUGGAUGGGGAUGCACCGAACUGACCGACACCAAAGUAGUAUUUCCGGAAGAAUUGAGAUCAAUCCCUGUGCCUAUUAUGAGCCAUGAAGAGUGUCGAAGAGCCUAUCCUAACAAUGAAAUAACGGAAAAGGAAAUUUGUGUUUUUGAUAAAAGUGGAAAGGAAAGCAGUUGUAAUGGUGAUUCUGGUGGUCCUUUUGCUAUCAAAAAUAAAUUGGUUGGUGUGAUGUCUUGGGGCGGAGUAUCAGGUGGGGGCGAACCAGAUGUUUUUGUUAAUGUAGCUUAUCCCAAAUACAGAAAAUGGAUUAUGUCCUAUCUGAAGGACCAAUCUGACGAUCGUUCAAAAAAGAGAAAGAGAACAUGAUCAAAUCCAAAAAUCAAAA